UUGACAGACACGUGCACGUAUCUUACAGUGUAAUACACGGUGACGUGUUUAUUACACUUUAACGCGGCACUAGACAUACAUAGGAUGGUAUGCGCUAUUCGUUAUGUGUUGGGACGAUCCUCUGAAAGAACAAUAUCGUGUUUACAUAUGAUGACCGAGGUUGGGUCAACGUGUGGUAUAUUAUUUACUUGUACUCUACUGCAGCCUUGCGCUCUAUGUAAGCAUGUUCAGUCGUUACUGAAUGGCGAAUACGUGAUGUGGCAAAUUUUACGGGAGCACUCCAAUACCAGUCAGUGACGCGACAUUGUUUACGGAACACGUCGGACGUGUUCGUUGAUGAAGAAAAAUAAGAAAGGAGUCGUUCCAGUAUAUAGUUGUAUACAAUGGAAGAUGGUGGACACGACAGGGAUUCCCAAGGGGAGGAUUCGGACCAGUAUUCCUCUGUGACGAAGUCCGGAGGGAUAGAGGAGGAAGGGAGCGCCGAUCACCUAACACAGCUUCUGGAGAUCCAUGAGGGAGGUCGUCCGCCGUCCCCUGGGAGUGUCGGGGAGGAGGAGAAGCAGGAAUAUGUGGUCCCAGACAGAGGAUGGGGAUGGUGGUGUGUAUUAGGUUGUGCGCUAGCACAUUUUGUUACGAGCGGAAUGGAGAGGUCGGGCGGGGUCAUUCUCCUUGAACUCCAAGAAAGAUUUGAGUCGGGAGCCGCGGCUACUGCUUGGGUUAUCUCCCUUAGUGCGACCUGUCGUCUUUUAUUUGGCCCAGUAGCCAGUAUCCUUAGUAACAAAUACAGCUGUCGGACCGUGGUCAUCGUUGGGGGUCUGCUGGUUUCUAUUGGAGUGUUCGUGAGCGGAUUUGGACCAAACAUCACCUUUCUGUAUUUCAGCUAUGGACUGUUUUGUGGUUUGGGGAAGUCCUUAGCAUACACCCCCGGGCUGGUGAUCGUCGGUCAGUAUUUUAAGAAGAAACGUGGCUUAGCCGUGGGCCUGGCUACAGCCGGCGGCGGGGUCGGAACUCUCCUGAUACCUCCAGCAAUCAACCGUCUGUUCAAGGAACUGCGAUUUACUGGCGCCAUGAUGAUUUUGUCAGGAUUGGCUCUUCAGCUGUGUAUAGCUGGCUGUCUGUACAUGCCACUUGAAAAAUACCGCGCAUUAUGUCUGCGCAGGACUGCAGACCCGAAUGCAACCAAGCGACUGAGUCUUCAGAAUGACAAAGAUACAACGGUACUUCACUCAAACCCCAAAACCAAAUUUUCUCUGUUGGGGAUUCUAAAAUGUACUCUAUGUUCACAUGAAAAUGCUGUUAAAAGUCCACAACAGGAAACAAAGAAAAAACUUAUCGACUGUAGCCUACUGAAUAAUCCGUUAUUCACCUCGUUGUGUAUCGCCAUCUUGUUUUUAGCACUUGCUUUCAGUUCGGUACUUGUUUUCAUUCCAUCCCUGGCCGAUUUCAUCGGUCUAACACGCCUACAGGGGGCGUUCAUUCUGUCCAUAGCUGGUAUUUUUGACACGAUUGGUCGCCUAGUGUCCGGAGUCGUCCUAGAUGUAGAACGAGUGAAGAAAUUCCGGAUGUUGGUGUAUAAUAGUGCAGUGUUCCUGUUGUCCACCCUGACAUUCGUUCUCGCUUACGUUACCACGUUUGUACAAUUAGCGAUUAUUGCGGCUCUGUAUGGACUUCUUAUUGGCACCUACACUUCUCAGAAGACAGUGAUACUUGCGGAUAUUUUAGGAUCCGGUGCAUUGUCCAGCUCGUUCGGAAUUCUGAUAUGUUUCCAGGGAGUCGGAACUCUUCUUGGUCCACCAAUUACAGGCUUUCUGAAGGACAAUUUGGACUCCUUUGCAGUAGGAUUCUAUGUAGCUGCUGCCAUAAACUUUCUCGGUGCUUUGAUUUUGCUUACUGGCAAUAUUUAUCAAUACACCAAAACUAGCAAACGUACGAAAACAGACAAUUUGGAAAUGGAUGACGCUUAGUCAUUUUUGUUUUGUUUUGUUUUGUCAGGGGAAUGACUACAUGGCUAAACCGGUGCAUUCGGUGUAUUUAUCGUACACCUGUUGUAUAGUCGAGUUGAUUAGUUCCAUUAUAUAUCCAAGGAAUUAACGUAUUACCGGACGUGAACGUUUGAAAUUUUGAGAUUUUCAUAUUGAGAUUACUACUUAACGAUAAACUUUAAAUAAUACUGAAAUUAUUUCUAACCUUAUCUGACUUAAUUUCAAAUAAAACUUGAUAGGCAGAGGUCUUUAUUGACAAGAAAUAUAGUUCUAGUAUUUUAUUUCGAGUAAUGAGAUAAAUGUCGCUUAAUGAUCGUCUCAGCAAAUGUCGGAAAUUCUACAUUUGUUGGACGCCAUACCACUUUAUAAUAAUUACAUUGGCGAUAGCUGGCUGUUGGCUGUUCCGUUUAUUGAAGAUCUAUCUUAGAUUUGAAGAAUACAUACGAAAUUUAUGUAUUGAAUGAUUGCAAAAUUUCAUAUAAAUAUGGAUACAAACAUUGAACUAUAGGACGUUCAUAUUUACACUCGUUUAUUUCCAACAGAAUUGCCGACAAAAUGCAUACCGUGCUAUCAUGCUUAAUUUGAUUUGUCUGUAAUCCUGUACAUAAUUCUACGAAUGCAACUGCAACAUCACAGACCUAAGUAUUUGAUUACCAAGGGAUGAAGACAAUUGUAGACACACGUUCAAGUUGAACACGUCAAAUGAAAAAGAACAGAGAGGAUAAUAGUUACAGUAAUGACACCGGUAAUAAUAUCAACUUGUCUGUACAAGUAUACCAUGAUGAAAAACGUUAAAAUGAUAUUGAGAUAUCACAAAUAUGAAUAAAUGAACAAGUUACGCAUAUGAACAAAACGUUCAUGCUGGCAAUACAACCCAUGAUAUCGAUUUUAGAAUUCCGAAUGCUGCAUCCGAUACUACAUUGUCAGUACGUGAAUGAGAUUCAAUGAAUUAAACAACAUCAACACGAUUCCAAACGUCCACGAUUGGUCAGGCCGAGCGUGACACUGUCAUGUAAGUUGCUUGUAUCGACAUUUUUUUUUUUAUCUCGCGUUACAGUGCACGUGACCGAACGUUAUACGUUGCGCAUAACUUCCCGCACUAUAGCCUGCAUACGUGAUUUACUAGUUAACGGCUUCGAGGCUUCACACAGAAAUACAGGUGUUUUUCCUGGAAGAACAUCUCUAGGACUUCCGAAUGUACAAUGUAUCUGACUAAACAAUCAAACUGAUUAAACGAAGUUUGAUUCACCAAUCCU